AUGAGCUCUUCCACGUCGAGUACUGCUUCCACUACAUCAACUUCCUUUAGCACCGCGACCGUCCCCACUACUACGACGAGCACAACAAGCACUACAACAACGGCAACAACGGGCCCCACCACGACGGGAUCAUUCUCCAGCAGCACCAGCACCAGCACCAGCACCAGCACCAGCACCCCUACGCUGGGAAGCACUUCUUCAAGUACAACCACUAGCACCACGACUCCCGUAGCCACAACGUCCACAGCGGGAACCACGACUACUGUAGCCUCCACUACUACAACGUCGGACCCAGGCAGUACUUCAACGAGCACAACAACCAGCACCUCAACAAGUCCCGCCACGACUUCCACGACGACCAUAGCCCCAACCACUACCACGUCGACGGUCACAGUUACAAGUGGGACGACCUCAUCAAUCACUUCAACUUCCAGCGCGUCAACUACAACUGCGACUCCCACGGCUACUACUACAACUACUAUUUCCACUUCCACGGCAACUACGACUACUUCCACAGCCAGUGCUACUACCACUACUUCAUCCACUUCCACAGCCAGUACUACUACCACUACAUCUUCAACUUCCACGGCUACUACUGCAACUACUACUUCCACAACCUCCACUCCCUCUACAUCUAGCACAUCUAGCACCUCAUCCUUUUCCACUAGCACGACCACGUCACUGACCACUACUUCUACAGCUUCCAGCACCACCUCAAGUACUACUACCGCAGCCGCCACAACAACAACGUCCUCCACUACGACAAGCACCGCUGCCUCAACCACCACCACCACCACUACAGUAGCAUCAACCACCACCACCACGACUGCCGCCACGAGCACUGCCAGCACUAGCAGCACAACAACAACGACUACUUCGCAGACUCCAGUCACGGCCGUCCCUCCCAAUUUCACAUCUCUGGGAUCGACACUUUACGCUAGUCCCGCGCUGUCGGCCCAAGCGACCGGCACGUUGUGCGCAAAUGUAAAUGUCGCGUCACCACAGGCCACUUAUCCUAUUCGUCAAGGUACCUACAACUACAGGAAAGUUGCACUAUCAACUAAUCCGAACGUUGUGUAUGAGGUUUCGUGCUACAUGAACGCCGGUAGUACCACGACUGUCACAUCCACUAUCAACAGCGUCAGUUCUCUCGAAUGGUGCAUGGAUCUUUGCACUUCGGCAAAUGCUGCAACUCCGGGAUCUUGUACGGUCGCUUACUGGGCUUCGUCGACUUUACAAUGUCAGCUGUUACCCAACCAGAUCACCUGUAAUUCUGGAACACCAGGCAACAGUUGCUUCCCGAGCAACCUUAUCUUCAACGGUGUGCGUACUGCUAGAUUGCUCACCCCAGCGGCUGCGAACAUUAUAGACGCAACGUACAUGCACGCUCCUAGCAAUCUCUACGAUCUGGGACUCUGUGGUGGAACGAACUCGAAUUACUACGACAAAACUUUCUUGGGCCACAUCCAUAAGGACAACACCGUGCGACCAAAUACUGCGGAUAUCUGGCUUAUCACCUGUGGCACUUCAUUCUACGGGCUCUCAGCCGCCCAGACUCCUCUCAAUACCCAAAGCGUCGCGACGACCCAGAACAUGGCCGUUCCCACAACAUCGGAUGACUGCAUGCGACUCUGCGCUUUCUACAAUGACGGCUUGGCUGACAAUGGUUGUCGUCUCUGGCACUUUUUCAAUGACGGCUCGUGCGUUCUGUAUCCCAGUCGAGGCAGUGCUGGAAACGGGGCCCAGCCAGUAGCAGUGACUAACCUUACUGCCGCCGGCGUCUUCCGAGGCUCGACCGGCACCCAGUGGCCUGGUACUAGCUACAAGCGUUCGCUUCCGCAGGGAGCUGCUCCUGCUCGCUACCAUCCAAGAGAUACGCUCAUGGAGACUGAUGUCGUGGUUGCCGAUGUCAUCCUUCCGUACGUGAGGAAGAGGAGAACUUAG